AUGUCACCUUCCCUCGUAAGCCAUAAUGCCCUUCAUUACGAAUCGGGUGGUAAUAUAAGAUCUACCUCGAAGCCAUAUUUAGCAUGGAACGAAAUCGACAGCUUUAUGUUCUCGCCGGAUAAUACCUCUGCGCACUCGAUCCCGAAAGAGCAUCACAUCUUUGAAAUUGGUUACUACGAAAUGCAAUUUCUUACAAAGCUUCUAAAUGAACUAUUUAGUCCGAAAGGUAGAUAUGAUUUCGACGGUAUCGAUAUUACCGAGGUCUUUUUAUCCAGCAAUAACAUUUUUGAAAUGGUAUCAAAUAUCACCGAAAGUAUCACGAACCAUAUUCGAACCGGGCCAAACACUACAACCGUAAACGGUGCUGUAUAUUACCUUGAAACAUAUGUUGUUAUUCGCUGGUACUGGCUGAUCCUGCCGGGGUUUCUCGUCGUUCUCAGCCUCAUCUUUUUUAUUUUAACAGUCCUACUCGAUACGAAGCGAAACACGCCUCCAUGGAAGUCAAGUCUUGUUCCGCUCCUUUUUUACGGCCUACAAGGAUGUGAGGAAUGGGAGCCUAUCUCUCAGGAUCCGAAGAGCAUAUAUGAAGCUGCAGGAAAUAUGGAUGCUUGCCUUACGGAAACUGAGAAAGGAACUUCGAAAUUUGUGAAGGUAGAAAGAGCAUGAACAUAGCAGACAUUAGUAGAUACAGUACGGUGGCUAUGUGUUUAGAAAAUGAGGGUUUACCG